CGGCCACCGAAGGAGGGGCUGAGGGUGGCUCGGGGCCCGCGCUUUUCCCCGCCGCCCUGGCAGCGGCGGCGGCGGCGGCGGCCACUGGCAUGGCAGAGAUGCGGUCGGGGCCGCCAACCGGGCUGCAACUCAGCGCGCUGCCGGACCACUCGCCGCUGCUGCAGCCCAGCCUGGCGGAGCUGCGGCGCCGGGCCCGGGAGGAGGACGUCCGGUUCGCGCCGCUGCAGCUCACCGACUCUUUUCUACUGCGGUUCCUGCGCGCCCGGGAUUUCGACCUGGAUCUGGCCUGGCGGUUACUAAAAAACUAUUAUAAAUGGAGAGCAGAAUGUCCAGAACUAAGCGCUGACCUCCACCCUGGAAGUAUUCUUGGCCUUUUGAAAGCUGGCUACCAUGGAGUUUUGAGAUCCAGGGAUCCCACUGGCAGCAAAGUUCUUAUUUACAGAAUCGCAUACUGGGACCCAAAAGUUUUUACAGCUUAUGAUGUAUUUCGUGUAAGUCUAAUCACAUCUGAGCUUAUUGUACAGGAAGUAGAAACACAACGGAAUGGAGUCAAGGCUAUAUUUGAUCUAGAAGGUUGGCAGUUUUCUCAUGCUUUUCAAAUUACCCCAUCUGUAGCCAAGAAAAUUGCUGCUGUACUUACUGAUUCCUUUCCAUUGAAAGUCCGUGGCAUCCAUUUGAUAAAUGAGCCAGUAAUUUUUCAUGCUGUCUUUUCCAUGAUUAAACCAUUCCUGACUGAAAAGAUUAAGGAACGGAUUCACAUGCAUGGGAACAAUUACAAACAAAGCCUACUUCAGCAUUUCCCUGACAUUCUUCCUCUGGAAUAUGGUGGUGAAGAACUCUCCAUGGAGGACAUUUGUCAAGAGUGGACAAAUUUUAUAAUGAAGUCUGAAGAUUAUCUCAGCAGCAUUUCUGAGACCAUUCAAUGAGAAGAAGCUAUUUCAUAUGGAAGGUUCCUCAUUAAAAAUAUGAGAGAUCCUAUCUGAUUACAUAAUGAAAGAAAAAGAACAAAUCUUUUAAACUAAUUAUGCUUGUCUUAUCUUUUAAAAUGUUAAAAUCUCUAAUAUGAGCAAAAUGGGCAUGUGGGAAGCUUUUUAAUUUUUUAAUUGUAUUUUUUUAAAAAAACUUAAAAGUAAUUAAAUGUUAGAAUGCCUGAAGGACAGAGAAGAGAUUCUUGAUUUUUACACUUGAAGAACUAACAUAGUUAUUUCUCAAGUGACUGUUCAUGUGUAUUUUUGUAUGUUUUUGAAAAGUUCCAUUUUAAACAAGUUUUCUGAUUACAUUGGUUUGGUAAUAGGUUUAUAAAUAGUUCAGUGAAAAAUACUAUAUAAAUCAACUAAAGAUGAAAACCUAUUAACACUUAUUUUGGGUGCCAGAUUAAAUUAUAAUUCAGAUUAAAAUCUGAAUAUAGCUUUACGGCUAUUUCUAUGGGCCAUCUGAUGGCUCAUCUCAGGGAAAUUCUAUUUUAGCUUAUUUGCACAUUAGAAACUUUUGACUGAAGAAUUUUUACGCCAUACUAUUCUAGUUAGCAUCUACAGGUUUCCAGGAAAUUAAUGAUGUUGAUGUAAUUAAUGAAACAAAUUUAGAAAAUACUUCAAACACAGUUGAUGACUUUCAAUUUAUUCUCAAAUAAAUAAAAAAUAAUUUUGACUUCUGUUUAUGGUUAUUCUUAUAAUGACUACACGGAUAUUUAGAGAGAGAGUAAUAUUUAAUUAUCUUUUACAUGGAAUGUUUUAGUUGAAAAAUCAAUAGAACACAAAGGAAAGGAAAUGUUUAUAUUUAAAAAUCAUUAUCAAUUACUGCUGUUCAGAUUAUUCAUAAAACAAUUUGGGUUUUACUAUUAUAUUAGAAUAUUCUAAAUCUCACAAUUUAUAUUUACUUAAAAAAUUUUGUAGUUGGGAUGUACUGUUUAUAUUGUAGUUAAUGUCAAAGAGUAUUUCAGUUAUCAAUAAAGAAAUAAUCUUAUUCCUCAUAUUCAACAUAGCUUUUAAUUUACCAAAACUUGAAAAUGAAAGAAUAUGGGAGGGCUAGGGAUAUAGCUCAGUUGGUAGAGUGCUUGCCUCGCAAGCACAAGGCCCUGGGUUCAAUCCCCAGUACCUCCCCCAAAAAAAAGAAAGAAAGAAUAUGGGGUACAAAGUUUCUUGAACAUUUGAUCAGAUGGUUGGGUUUCAACCUUAAUUAUAUAAUAGUAUCUUUGUACAAAAAUACUUUUCUUUGUGCAAAGGUGUUUUUCUUUAUAAGAAAAUUAGUCUAAUCAGGUGAGCUGAUACUUACAAUUCUCUUACAUGUAUCUAUGAUAAACCUGACGGUAACUGCAGAUGUUCUUUAGAGAACGUAUUUGAUUUUGAUUUAGCAUCGGGAAAUUAACACUACAUUAUAAUUUUUAUAGAAAAAUUAGAUUCUACCUGUUUUCUUAAAAAAGUUUAGGUGUUCUUUAUAAAAUCAUAUAACUCAAAAUUGUAUAAUUAAAAAUAUAAUAGAAAAAAUCACUUGAAAGAAUAAAUAAUAGCAACAACAGAACAUCUCUAGCUUAUCCAACUGUUAUUCCUAGAAGAAGAUUUAUAUCACAGGUUCCACUUCCUUUAUAUUUGACUAUUUAAAACAUAUGACUGUGAAGGAAUGAGUAGUUUAGCACACGAAUAAAGAACACUUAAAAAUGCCUUUUAAAUGUGAUUCAUCAGUAAUAUAAUCAACAGUAAAUGAAAAUAAAUCAAUUGAUACAGGUACAAUUUAUGGAUGGGUCUUUGAAAUGUUUAUAAAAUAAAGCAACAUUCUAAAGAACAUUAAAGAACAAUGUGAAAUGAGCAGGCCAUUUUACAAGGUGCCAAGGUAAAUAACUGUGUAAUUGUAUUACCUUACUGUGAUUGUAUGAAAAGGUCAACUCCAUAUGUGCUUAUUGUGUUACUGAACUGCACAAUAAUUUAUUUAAUAUUGUUCAAAAAAUUAAACAUCUUUCACAUAAACCAUG